UGAACCCACUGUCACCUACGGAAGUAAACUUUGGAGCUAGCUAAGUUAACGAACAGUAAAAAUGCUACACAAAUGGGGGAUGUAAAGUGGAUCCUGUCCGUUGUCUUGGUGUUUUGCUGUAUAGUCCGUGUGCACUCCAAUAAGUUUUGUACGUUGCCGACCACUGGACGGUUAGGAUGUGGUGAUAAGAAUGAAAAGGAGUGCGCUAUAGAUGGCUGCUGUUACCAGGACAACAAGUGUUAUCUGGGCUCAAUCGACAAGUGCGCUGUUCAACACAGUCAGCGAGUAGACUGCGGCGCUGGAGUGGCGGGAUUAGACGAGGAGAAGUGUUUAAACUUAGGAUGCUGCUGGAAUGAAUGCGAUGGCCCUGAUUACUGCAGUGGUGUAAAGUGGUGCUUUUAUAAAUCUGGAUUUGGGUACAAUGGUAUUCGGGGGUGCUAUAAGCUAAGGAAUGACAAUAGCGAUAGGGCUCUACCAGACGCGGCAUACGAAAACAAUGGUGCUCUAAAUAUAUCAACGUGUCUUCAUAAAUGUCGCGACGGUGGUUACUCGCUGGCUGGCGUUGAAGGCGGAAAGAACUGUUACUGUGGACGUAGAGGGACGAAGUACGCUCGGUACGGAGGGAGCGGCGAUACAAUGUGUAACGUGCCAUGCUCUUCGAGCGCCAAGGGUGAGCUGUGCGGAGGCAGUGGCUACAUCACCGUGUUUGACGUUGAUGUUUUUUUUGCCACAACGCCGACUUUACCCGUGACAUCUACAGGAUCCAUCACCAUCACAGCAACCGCUACCACUGAACCCACUACAACCACAAAACCCACAACAACCUCAGAACCCACUACAACCACAAAACCCAUUACAACCACAAAACCCAUAACAACCAAAGAACCCACUACAACCACAGAAACCACNUAG